CUUUUUCGCCAGCUUUAGGCUCUGGCAGCCACAGCUGCAGUUCUUAAACCGGACUCCCUCAAACAAAGGCAAAAGAUGGCCAGGCAAAAGCCGCCUCAAUAGCAAGAAAGAAGCAAGUUUGUCUUGAAACUUGCGCAAUUCUGUGGUCAGUGAAGGCAGAGAGGUUACACAUUGAAACAUCCCCUCUUUGACCGAAUGCGAAGCUGUAAACAGCAACACAUCAGCAUUUUGUGCUUCAGAAAGAGAGAGAAAUCUUCGGAUACAGUGGAAAAUAUUGCAGGGUAAUAGUUCUUAUUUGCUUCAUAGCUGGCGAUGGAUACAGAGGAGAACCGAGGGAGUACAUUGCCACACGUCCCCUUAGAACAAAGUCCAAGGAAGGGAAGAAGACUUGAGACUCCACCACUGCAACAGACGCUUUGCGUUGAUCUCUUCCGUUGUGCAUGCGAAGCGGAGAGUGCAGAGCAGCAAUGAUGUCGAGGAUUAAUAGCGCGCUUUGGACGGAAGACGGUGGAGACGAAGGCGACGCGGCCUUGUGGUCGCGAGCAAACGCCUCGAGUUCCAAGGGAGGAGGAAUGGGAGCGAGCAAGGAGGACGAGCUCGGCCUCACCAGCUUCAAGUCCCUGCUCGAGGACGACUGGUACGCGGCCCUUGCCGCCUCCUGCCCCGGGCAGUGCGCCGCCGCCACCCACCCCUUCGAGGCUUUCCUGGCCCAGCAGGACCUCAAAGACGUCGCCUUUCUCUCCAAUCCCUCGCCUCACGAGGCCUUGCUGCCGCCGUCCGUCGAGAACCUCGACCAAAGCCAGCCCUUUUUCCCGUCGAAAGCUGCCCUUUCAUCUCUCCUCAACGCUGCGAACCCUCUCGACGCUGGGCAUGGUCUUGGGAGCGAUAUCCCGGGGUUCCUUCCGGCAGCCCACGCUUCAAAUUUCCCCGUCGUGAUGAACAGAAAAGGUGACGGCCCUGCAGCUGCCAUGCUUGGCGUCGUUGGAAUCGGGACUUAUGGGCAACUUGGUCGUCCCGAGCUCCACUCCGGAAGCCAAUUAUUCGGCAGCCGUCUGCCGCCUCCGGCCGAGAACUGCGCCAGUUCAAGCUCAGACGCCGCCAUGUUCCCUCUUAGCUUCGACAACUUUGAGAAUUCUCCGUUCCUCAACCGGGCCAAGGAGUUGAGGCCCUUGGAGAUGUUUCCUACGGUCGGUGCGCCGCCCACUCUGUUCCAGAAGCGAGCGGCGGCCGCUUUGCAGCAAAACUCAGCGGUGGCUGCAGAAAAAGGCGGCAUUUUGGGUCCGUGGGCCUUGAAAGACAGCUUCCAGGGGAGCAGUAGUACGGCUGUAUUGGAGGGGGAAAACGAGAGAAAGAGAAAAGGGAACGAGGAGGAUGAUGUAGAUGACGAUGGCAUUUAUGGCUCCGGCUUAAACUAUGAUUCCGGCGACGCUUCGGGAGAGAAUGCCAAAGGCGAGGAGAACGCCAAGACCGAAGCCGACGGUGGCGGAGGAAACAACUCGAAUGCUGAUCUCAUGGUGACAGGAGGAGGAAUCGACAAGGGAAAGAAGAAGUGUUUCCCGGCAAAGAAUCUGAUGGCGGAGAGGAGGAGGAGGAAGAAGCUCAACGACAGGCUUUACAUGCUUAGAUCCGUCGUCCCAAAGAUCAGCAAGAUGGAUAGAGCUUCCAUUCUCGGCGAUGCGGUUGAGUACCUGAAGGAACUUCUCCAAAGGAUCAAUGACCUUCAAAAUGAACUCGAAUCAACCCCUUCCAGCUCUUCGCUGCCUACUACGACCACGACAAGCUUGCACACCACGAUUCCCACAUUCUCCACUCUACCAUGCCAUAUGAAGGAUGAACUCUGCCCGAGUUCAUUACAGAGUCCAAAUAGUCAGUCAGCGAGAGUUGAAGUUAGGGCAAGGGAAGGUCGAGCAGUUAACAUUCAUAUGUUUUGUGCCCGUCGACCUGGUCUACUGCUCUCCGCUAUGAGAGCACUCGACGACCUCGGGCUUGACAUUCAGCAAGCUGUCAUCAGCUGCUUCAAUGGAUUUGCACUGGAUAUUUUCCAGGCUGAGCAAUGCAAAGAGCCGGGUGUUCUACCAGAAGAUAUCAAAACUGUGCUUUUGCACUCACUAGGUUUUCAAAGUACAAUGUAGUGAACGAUUCAGGUGCGAUCAGCAACUGCUUGAACUCCUUUGCUGCUAGGCUGAGGAUCUAGUAGUCCCUUUUCUAUAUCCAGUAUCAGGAAUCUAUAUCAGCAGUUUUCGUAAUCUAAGGAUGGAAUCUUCCGGUC